AUGUACCAUGAGCAUGGCACUCACAAUCGGACAAGAAUCAUGCUGUCGCCUGGUUUCAUUUUUUCCUCGUCGUGCGGCGAGAUGGACAAGAAGCUCGAAGACGAGGACGAUGACAAGAAAGCGCACCGCGUGAAGGUGCAAUGGCGGCUUGUGCGCAUGUUUAAAGACCUCAAAACAGGCGCGACGGCGACACCGGUCGUGGUGCUGGUGGUGAUUGGACUGCUCGUCUUCAUGGAGACGCUCAUCAACUACAGGCCGACAGUCUCCACGAUGCGUGGGCACGCCUGCAGUCCCGCCGUUCUGGACGCUAAUAACAUCGAAUACCAUUCAGACCACAGAUACUACUCAGGACUGCGCGAUAUUGGAGCUGUUCCGCCGCCACAAAUGACGGGGGAUCAUGCCAAACUCUGCAGCAAAAUGAGCAGACUCCAAGCCAAAUACGAAUAUUGUUUACCGGUCUCAGGCCGGAAGGACACACCGUUCUGCACUGCAGCCGACCGGAUGAACCUGCUUAAUUUAAAGGCCACGACGAUCUGCUAUGCCAGUGUACUGCACAUGCUGCUGAUGGAGGUGUACGAAGAGCUUCAAGCUAAGAGAAACACCCCAUUCCUCGCGUUCGGGUCGCUAUUAGGAGCUGUACGCAACCAGUCGAUGAUUCCAUUCACAGAAGACGUCGACGUCGGUUAUGUGGGUGACAUGGUCGCUGCUGAGAAGGUUAAACUCGCUCUGCGAAGGAAAGGUUAUCACAUGUUUUACCUGGAUAUUUGGCGUGUCUGCGUGGCGCCGACGCAUCCGUUGGCUGGGCAUCUAUACGACCCGAAUUUGCCAAUUUCGGACAGCUUCGCGGUGCCGUACGUGGAUCUGUACAAGAUGACACAGACGGAAAAUGGAGACUGGGAUAUGCAGGAACUGGAAGGUAGCAAUGGACGUAUUCUUCCAUACAAGAAAGUAUGGCCAUUCUCGAAAGUGACGAUCAACGGAAUGACGUUCGAGACUGUGCGUGACCCACAUUUCUUCCUGGCGGAGGCGUAUGGACCGGAUUACAUGACUCCAAAGCCUCGAAACGAAUCGUCUGAGUUCUUAGAACCUCAAGCUCCUAAGUAUCCUUAG